CUCCAUAAAUCUGAAUUACUUUUAUUUCAGAUAUCAGAUAUCCUGAAAAAUGUUCGGAGAUGAGGAAAGACAACAAACUAGUAAAGAAGAUGAAUCUGUAGAGAUGGACGAGGAGAAUAUGUUUCAAGAUUCCUGGGAAUCAGAUGAGAAACAUUCCAAGUAUAUCGAGAGAGAAACUGAAGAAGAUUCCAUUAAAGCAGAAUACGUUGAGAAAGACGAUUUUAAGUCUGAAUUGGAUUCUUACGACGAAGCUGGCUCGGACGACGAAGCUGGCUUGGACGACGAAGUAGGUUCUGACACAGAUGAUGACUCUGACACAGGUUCUGAGGACGAGAUAUAUGAGGUUUCCAGUAGGACUAGGAGGACUAAGAGACCAAUGUACACAAAGAAAGAGGACAGAUCAAUCAUAAAAUAUCUCAAGGUUACGGGAGGCCUGUCUUUUAUAAGAGGAGAUCUGGUUUGGAAGAGAAUGGAGAAGGAUGAGAACGUAGCUCCGGGUAGAACCUGGCAGUCCUUAAAAGAAAGAUUUAAGAAAAGGAUUCUGAAAAACCUGAGAAAGAAGGAUCUUGCUAUGAUGGAGAGAAAGGAUAAGGAGAAUAAGAACAUAAGUUCAGAGGAGGAGGAGGGGACCCCCAGGAAACCAUAUAGUGAAACCGAAGACCAGAAGAUCCUGGCGUAUAUAAACGAGAAUGGGUUGGAGAAGAAGGUUGGAGGAGUAAAGAUGUGGAGGCAGAUGGAGGAGAGAAGAGUACUCAAGAGAAGUGCCCAAUCCAUGAAGGAACGUUACAGGAAGAGGAUUAAACCAUCAUUUGAUGAUCCUUUGUCCGCAUCACCAAGCAGCGCUAUUCUAUAUAAUCCUGAUUCUCCAGCAAGACAGAGAUCUCCCAGCAGCCCAACAAGAUUUAGAGUCUUCUAUCAGACAUCUGCCAGGAGCAAUUCAGCCGACAAACCCAACUCUAGAAGCCACUCACCCGACCUACCUAACUCAAGGAGCCACUCACCCGACAUACCUAACUCAAGGAGCCACUCACCCGACAUACCUAACUCAAGGAGCAACUCACCCGACCUACCUAACUCCAGGAGACGCUCACCCUGCAACCAAACCUCCAGGAGCCAUUCACCCUUCAACUCAACCUCCAACAAGAACUCAGCUUGCAAUGUUUUCCUCACUUCUGAUCUACUGAACACCUCAACUUCCCAAGUGGUCUCAUUGAACUCCUAAACCCUGCCAUACUACAGAGAUACAGUUUAAACCCUCUUUUACUUUUAAUGUUUUGAUCAUUUUAUUGCGACUUUGUGUCCGAAAUAUUUUAUUGUUCUUUUUUUUCAGAAAAAUGAAAUUUUAAUCAUGGUCUCUCUUUUUCCGCUCCUACCUAUAUAGAAGGUCUGUAACCAGGGAAGUAAAGAUUUGCUUUGGAUUUUACCGCUCUACAACUGCUAUCGGAGUUUCGUCCCGACCGUUCUUUCAGCU